UGCCUAUAAGGAGAGUGACGACAUUCUAUCCCGAACAAAAUAAAUGUCUUUGGCAACAAUGAAAUUUACAGCUGGUAGCACUGGUUCAGUUUAAGCCUUCAAGUGGCUCUUGCGAAAUGAUGCUUUUGUUUACUUUUUGUUGUACUUUGAUUGUCGCUUUAGUGGUUUAUUGCGUUUAGUUUUAGUGAGAAAGCAUAAGAAUUUGUUCGAAACAAUGAAGUGUUUUGCUAAAUAUUGCACAAAUAAAACAACACCGGGAUUCAAGAACAUCGGGUUCUUUCGAUUUCCAGCGGAUGAAGACCUGCAAGUUGCAUGGAAAAAGUUCUGUGGAUUCCCAGAUCAUUUCGAAAUUACAGCUAGUUGUCGAGUGUGCAGCUUUCACUUUCUGCAGGAGGAUGUAUAUUUUGCUUCCGGCCAAGGAAAAAUUAUGCGGCGACGUACGGCAGUCCCAGUGUACGAUUGCGUUCCACAGAUCGCCGACUUUACUCUCGGAGAAGAUGACCUGACCGCGGACGUAUCGAAUGCGAGCAGUACCAUUGAGGAACCUGGUUCGGCAGUUAACACAGAGGUGUCCUUCGAAAAUAUGAUUCCAGUAAACUGCUCCCCGUAUGACGAACACCAAGCUGUUUGUGCUGGCACAAAGAGGAAAUAUGAGAGUUACUUGAACAAUGUAAACCAGGAAGUAGUCGAAUUAAAGAAGCGCUGCCAUGGUCUCGAAAAAGUUGUCAACCAAAAGGAGCACUUGAUUACACAACAAGCGAAAACUACUGAUCUGGCUCUAAACGCUCUCAAAAGGACAUUUAACUCCGAUCAAGUCGACAUGCUUUUGUACCAGAAAAAACGACCAGGGCAGUGGAGUAAUGAGACUGUGACAGAAAGCCUUAAGAAAAAUUCGUGUGCAGAACGAAGGGUUACGAGCACCAGCGGAGUAAAUAUCCUCUUCCAUCCGAACGCACGUUGCAACGAAAGGUGGAAGAUUUGUCUUUCAACCCAGGAAUUUUGGACGAUGUAUUGGAGCUUUUGAAGCUGAAAGUCAGUACAAUGCCUCCAGAAGAUCUCGACUGUGGGCUCAUUUUUGAUGAGAUGUCCAUCGAAGAAGCGAAGAGCUUUUGUGUGUCUACCAGUCAGUUCUAUGGUGACAUAACCAUCCCUGGUCAAUCUGGACUGGCAACUCAUGCGCUUGUGUUUGUUUUGGUGGGAGUAAGAGCCAGGUGGAAGCAAACCGUCGGUUAUCACUUCACGGGCAACAGUAUCCCGGAUAAUGAUCUGAACGAGAUCAUCUACAAAAUUAUUCAGGAAGUGGAGUCAUUUGGAUGUAAGGUGCAUUUUCUCACCUCAGACUGCGGUCCAAAGAAUAAAAAGUUGUGGAACGCUCUGGGUUUGAAAUUCCACAAACAUGUAGUGCUCAAUAGUGAGGCUAUCGAGCACCCAACAGUUUCGUCGAGGAAACUGGAAAUCAUUCCAGACGUAGUCCACGUUUUCAAGUCGGCUGUUCAAGGAUGGAUUAAAAAUGAAGUGCUGUGGCUACCACCGGAUGUGGUGGCAUCUAAUGGGUUCUGUUCGAAUGAAGUCAAUAUUCAACACCUUCACGAUCUCGUACACUACGAACAGCAAAACUUGCUUAAAGUCGCCCAUAAUCUAAAACCGGAGGAUGUAGAAUUCGAAAAGAAAAGGAACAACUUUGAUGUGAUGAAGGUCAUCAAUUCUGAAAAAAUUGUAAACCGUAAUGUUUCGGCCGCACUUCGAUUCUACAGCCAUGCUGCAAACCGACCUGAAGUUCUACCAACCGCAUAUUUCAUAGAAACACUAUCACAAUGGUUUCAACUCUCGAAAAAUAGAUCGAUGAAAAUGGCUUUGAGCAAAGGUGAGCAAAGAUUCUGUAGUACUCUUAAUGAUUCAGUUAAUAUAGAGAAUAAUUUGGCUAGGGGUCAUCCACAAAAUACGUAAUUUGUUUCGAAACCACCAUAGAAGAAUUUCCUGCCUCCUAAAACCCCCACAUGCCAAAUUUGGUUCAAUUUGCUUGAUUAGUUCUAGAGUUAUGCAGAAAUUUGUUUCAUUUGGGAGUCUGGUACCAGCAUAGAAAAAUUUCUUGCCUUCUAAAACCCCCACAUACCAGAUUUGGUUCAAUUUGCUGGAUUAGUUCUCCCCGGUCACAAACCAUCACAAGAAUCUUCCCUGUCCCAAAAACCUCUGCAUACUAAUUUUUACUAGUUUCCAAGGCUAUAUCUAUAAACUAUAUCUGAGGACGAAAUUACAUUUUCUUAGACUCUUCGUAUGUUUUAGAUUAACUCAUUUUUUUUUAUUUAUAUUUUAGAAAAUUCGCAAAAGUAUAAGGAGACGCUGCAGUUCUAUAUUUUUUUCAAAAAAUUCAUUUACGCUGUGGAGGUAGGACAUAAACGGUAUUGGAAACCAUGGCAGGCAUCCAUAAUUCUAGCAACGAAUGCCAUACUCAGGUUGCAAGACAUGUUCUUGAACGUGAAAGGGUACAGCUUCCUAUUUACAGCGAGAUUCACUCAAGAUUGUGUCGAGAAUAUCUUUUCUCUAAUUCGAAUACGACAGAAGAAACCUACCGCCUUGCAAUUCAAAUGCUUCCUAAAAUCAUUAACCAUUUCACAGUAUUUGACAGUGGUUUCCGGGUCAUCUUAUGAGACAGACGACACAGAUUGGCUUUUGAACUUUCCCUCUAACGUGAAGCAAUUGAAGGAGAAAAAAGCCAUUGAGGAGCGGAAAGUACCUGAUAUAAACGAACUGACUAAGAUAGACACGCAGGCAGCAUUGAAGGAAAUUAACGACAAUGAGAAGAAUGUGGUCUAUCACCUUGCUGGAAUGGUCGUUUAUAAAGUGGCAAAGCAUGGCGCAGUUUGUUAACAUAGUGUUGAAAAAUGCUUAGCCACUGAACCAUUUAUCUCGGAUUACACAAAACUAACCAUUACUAAAGAUUUCACAGGUCAAGCAUUGGUAUACGUGAAUGAACCAACCUUUAUCUUUUUUUUUUGAAACUGGAAAUUGUAUUCAGAAGCGAGUUGAAAAAUAUGGAAAACGAUACCGUGUUUGAUGUAAUUAAAGCGCAACUCGCAAACAUUCCAGCUACACAUUUCAAUGAAUGUCAUGAUUUAAAAAAGAAACUAAUAAGGCGGUUCUUGUAUUUCCGGUUGAAAAUUCAUCAGCCAUAGAAAAUUCAUAAGAAUAAGUACGAUAGUAGAUCGAUGGCAAUGUAACUCUAUUGAUCGACAGGUUAGAUGUUCCAGAAAACAAUAAAUAGUAUAGUAUAAUCCAACUCUUGUUCAUUCAUUUCAUUUUUGCCAUUCCUGUAAAACCGAAAGUUUAAUUUAUGGAUAACGAACAGAUUCUUUUUUAUUUUUU